AAUUGCCUGUGCUCGCGCAGCCGUUGCUAUCUUCAGCUGGGAGAGCUUGACGCUGCCCUGACCGAUGCUGAAGAUUCGCUCAAGGAAAACCCAGAGUUCAAUAAGGGCUUGUUCGCCAAGGCCGAAGCCUUGUACAGCAAGGGUGAAUUCGAGUUUGCCCUGCUCAACUUUCACAAGGGCCAGCAUCUGCGCCCAGACAUGGCUCAGUUUCGCUUGGGCGUGCAAAAGGCACGCGAGGCUAUUGAGACAGCCAUUGGUGACACGCGCCGCUGCCAACUCUCGAGCGAGGGCGACCUCACGCUCUACCACGACUUUGUGGCUGAGCAGGAGGCUGCACGGAUAGCACGCAACAAGCGUGGUGGCAAGAAGGUUGCCACGAUGGCCGCCCCCUCGCGGCGACGCCCCGACGCGCACCGGGCACGCAGCGGCAAGAAACCCACCAGCAACGUUAAGCAGCUUCUUGGUGAAUUGUACACAGAUCGCGAAUAUCUGGAGAACCUUUUGGCAGAUCCCAGUCUGAAGCUGGGAGAGGGUACCUCUGUCAAGUCUUUGGCUAAAAACGGUAUCCAGUACCUCGACAAGCGAACUGAGUUUUGGCGCCAGCAAAAGCCCAUGUAUGUGCGCAAGAGCGAGCAGCGCGAACUCCGUUCCACCAAGUCCAACACAACACAACGCAUGGCCACUGCACCUUCCGUAGAUCGCGUAGCUCGCCUGAUCGAGCAGGCUGAAAAUCUCAAUGAUAAGGGCAACUUCGAUACAGGCUUGGAAAAGGCCGAACAAGCCAAGGCCGGUGUGGCUGGCGUAAUCUCGGCCGACAAGGAUCUCUUCGUGGCACGUGUGCACAAUGCCUUGGGCACGGCCCUUUUUGCCACAAGCAAAAUUGAUCAGGCCCAUGAUGAGUUUUCACAGGCAGUGGACGUGGCGCGCAACUUGAAGGACCCUGAAUUGCUGGCACGAUCCUUGUCCAACCUGGCCAAGAGUCAUGCGGCCAAGGGCAAUUUCGAUGCCGCUGUGACCUGUUGGUCCGAGGCGCAGCCAAACAUUACGGACCGCGUGGAGCAGUCUUGGCUGCAACACGAAAUGGGCCGUGCGCAUCUGGAAAUGGGCAAGGCCGACGAGGCUCUAGAGUGCGGCCUGGCCGCGGAGCGGGCCGCAAAUGAGACAGGCGAUCAAGACUGGCAACUGCACUCUUGGAUCCUCUGUGCACAGGCCAAUGUUGCGCUGGGCGGUCAUCAGUCGGCACUCUCUUAUUACGAACAGGCCGCCCAACUGGCGCAACGGCUGCACAAAAGUUCUCUGCAUGAUGCCAUC